AACCACGUCGCAGAUAAGAACUAAUCAUCUCCACGUAUAAAAAAGCCUUCACUGUCGCUUGCGGAUCGAUCAAAGAACCGCAGACAAGAACAGGAAAGUGAUCGCUGAGCUAGCUUGCGAGCAGCAAUGGGUUCUCUAAUGGCGGGUUGGGACUCGCCGGUCCUCGAUCCUAAGCAUGUCGCUUACCAGAGGAACAGAUCGUUUACUAAAGAGGAGAUAGAAGCUUAUUGGAGGUCGAAGAAGGAGAAAGCAGAGGAAGAGCUCCGUAAAGCCCCGUCCGAUAGCACUCAGGAGAUGGUGUUCGAAGAGCGUGCAAGAAAGUACGAGAAAUCGAAGUCGCUGCCGGCGGAAGCGGAGAUGGCCUGGGAGAGAAUCAUCAACAACAAAGGCUGGUGGACCUGGAGCAAUUGGGCAUUUCUCAAUGAACCGCCGAUAUCCGAGGGAAGCGCCAACAGCUACGUCUCUCAGUUCCACGUUGCCAAUCUUCACAAGUCAAAAGCUUGAAUCACGUAAUGAGAAAGCUAAGUUGGGUGUAUUUGCAAAGAAUGGAUUGACUUGCAAUCUUAGUUUGUAAAUAUAUAUAUAUAUAUAUAUAUAUAUAUAUAGUGUCUCAAAGGUGAUGUAAAAUGUUGAGGACUUUUAAUGUGAUCUUGUACGAGCUCUUGUUCUCUUCUAGUGGUAAAGAAGUGAAGACUUGAUUUGAAA